CACCCAGGAGACUCAGGAGUCAGACUGCUCUCUGCUGGACUGGAGGAUCCACACUGCAGACUGGAGAAACUCAAUGUGGAACAUGGUGGAGAGUACACAAUGAAACCUGGGCUUAGAAAAUAUGUCUCUGAUCUCACACUGGACCCAAACACAGUAAACAGACUCCUCUCUCUGUCUGAGGAGAACAGAAAGGUGACAUGUUGGAGAGAGGAGCAGCCGUAUCCUGAUCACCAAGAGAGAUUUAAGGACUGUGAACAGGUGCUCUGUAGAGAGGGUCUGACUGGGCGCUGUUACUGGGAGGUAGAGUGGAGUGGGAGAGGGACUGUUAUAGGAGUGACGUAUAAAGGACUCAGCAGGAGAGGAGGGGUUAAGGACUGUUGUCUUGGAUACAAUGACAAGUCCUGGAGUCUGGUCUGCUCUGACAACAGUUACUAUGCCAGGCACAAUAAAAAUUCCACUACCAUAGACGUCCCCUCCUCCAGCUCCCACAGAGUAGGAGUGUAUCUGGACUGGUCAGCCGGCACUCUGUCCUUCUAUAGAGCCUCCUCUGACACACUGACCCACCUGAUCACAUUCACUGAGCCCCUCUAUCCAGGUUUUAGGGUUUAUGAUGUUGACUCCUCAGUGUCCCUGAAAUAAUAACCUGACACACACACACACACACACACACACACACACACACACACACACACACUG